UGAUAAUUUUGCACUGUACUUCGCGAGGUCAAGGUGGGAGCAAGAAGUUGAGGAAGCUGAGCCGUAAACGAUGUCGAGAGCUCUUUCUCUCCGGCGCUCAAUCCAUCAUCUCCUCUGCCGCGGUCCCUCUCAACCCAUUUCCACCGCCUUCCCGCCGACAAAGCCGCCGAUCCCUCCAAACAAUCGCUAUCCAUCAAACCCUGUUCGCACAUUCUCAACCUCCUCUCCCGCGCCGGCUUCGUCGGAAGCUGAGCUGCGGCGGUACCUCGGCUACACAGCGCUCGUGCUCUUCUGCGGAGCCGCCACUUACUUCUCAUUCCCCUUCUCGGAGAACGCCAAGCACAAGAAAGCCCAGCUCUUUAGGUACGCCCCAUUGCCCGAGGAUCUGCACACCGUUUCCAAUUGGAGCGGCACUCACGAGGUCCAGACCCGGAACUUCCACCAGCCCGAAACUUUGGAGGAAUUGGAGAAGCUGGUGAAGGAUGCCGACGAGAAGAAAACCAGGAUCCGGCCAGUCGGGUCGGGGCUCUCGCCCAAUGGGAUCGGGCUGUCGCGUGCUGGGAUGGUGAAUUUGGGUCUGAUGGAUAAAGUUCUUCAAGUGGAUAAGGAGAAGAAGACGGUGAGGGUUCAAGCUGGGAUAAGGGUGCAGCAGCUGGUUGAUGGGAUCAAAGAGUAUGGCCUUACCUUGCAGAAUUUUGCAUCCAUUAGAGAACAGCAGAUUGGUGGCAUUAUUCAGGUUGGUGCACACGGGACUGGUGCGAAGUUGCCACCAAUUGAUGAACAGGUCAUUAGUAUGAAAUUGGUGACUCCUGCCCAAGGCACGAUAGAGAUUUCGAAAGACAAAGACCCAGAUCUGUUCUAUCUUGCUCGUUGUGGUCUUGGAGGCCUUGGAGUAGUUGCUGAAGUCACCUUACAGUGUGUUGAGCGUCAAGAGCUUGUGGAGCAUACUUAUGUCACAGACAUGAACGAUUUGAAGAAAAACCACAAGAGGCUACUGUCUGAGAAUAAGCAUGUGAAGUACUUGUACAUCCCCUAUAGUGAUGCUGUUGUAGUUGUCACCUGUAAUCCUAUUUCAAAGUGGCGGGGUCCCCCGAAAUUCACACCGAAGUAUACUAAAGAUGAAGCAAUACAGCAUGUUCGUGAUCUAUACAAGGAGUGCCUUGAAAAGUACAGGAAUGGAGAAAUCACGGCUAAUCUUGUUGAUGAGCUAUCAUUUACUGAAUUAAGAGACAAAUUGAUUGCUCUAGAUCCUCUCAACAAAGAGCACAUUGUCAGGAUUAAUUGUGCUGAGGCUGAGUUCUGGAGGAAGUCAGAAGGCUACAGGGUUGGGUGGAGUGAUGAAAUUUUGGGCUUCGAUUGUGGUGGGCAACAGUGGGUAUCAGAAACAUGCUUUCCUGCUGGUUCCCUUUCCAACCCUAGUAUGAAAGAUCUUGAAUACAUUGAAGAUUUGAAGCAGCUCAUCGAGAAAAGACGGAUACCUGCACCUGCUCCCAUAGAGCAACGUUGGACAGCUCGUAGCCGGAGCCACAUGAGCCCAGCCUCCAGCUCAAACGAGGAUGAAAUAUUUUCUUGGGUUGGUAUAAUCAUGUAUCUUCCUACAAUGGAUGGCCGCCAGAGAAAGGACAUCACAGAUGAGUUCUUCCAUUAUCGACGUUUGACUCAGACUGCGCUAUGGGAUAAAUAUUCUGCUUAUGAACAUUGGGCUAAGAUAGAGGUUCCGAGGGAUAAGGAAGAGCAAGCAGCAUUGCAAGCAAGGCUAAGAGAGCGCUUUCCUGUUGAUACAUAUAAUACUGCCCGAAAGGAAUUGGACCCCAACAGAAUCUUUGCUAAUAACAAGCUGGAGAAGUUGUUCCCAGUAUCACAAGCUGCUUGAUUUCUUGGUUGCUUUCUUAUCCCCCUCUUAGUAGUGUGGGAACUUGUAUACUAUAAACCGCUGCCUCUUUGCUUUGCUUGGGUAAACCUAGGCCUUUUGGUCUGGUAGAACUAGAUACGAAAACUGACUAACUGAGAAAGUUUCACCAGAAAUAAAUGGCCAUAUUUUCAAGCUCUGGGCCAAUAAUGCCCUGGCAGGCUACUCAUCUGCUCGCAAUGUGAUUAUGUACCAUUCUUUUGGUAUGAUCAAUAGAAUCAUUUUAUAGUCUUGAUGUUCAGUAUUUGCAUGGUAGCCAGUAUAAUUACAGAAAUGUGUACUUGUAGAAAUUUUCUUGUUUAGAGCUGUUUUCUCGGGUCACAGGCAUCAGUUAAUCUUGAGCAAAUUCGGAAGCCUGCAGCUGCUCAGAAGUGAUGGUUGUCGACUUCUUCCUAAGAGAUCAACUGUUUCGUCUCAGGUACUAAUCUGGAGGAAUUGCUUUUGUUUCAGUAUGCAAUACAUUCUGAAAUGCUGU